CGCCUGAAGAUGGCGACAUUACACCGAGAACUGGUCUCUGAAUCUCUUGCCAUAGUUCUCCCAACAGGCAUUAAAAUGAUCAACAAUUAGCAGUAAAUUAGCUUAAAACAGUCAGAGCCGUAAGAUAUCCGUAUAAUGGUGUGCUGGAGUUUCCGUGCAAGGACUGCAGGAUUCCUGCUCUGUGCAUCUUUCCCUGCUUUUGAAUGCCAUAUCACCCACUCUCUCUCUGCCAGCCAGUCAGCUUCCUGCAGCAAAAGAAGCCACCUCUGCAGACUUAGGGACAUUAAUGUCCCCUGUUUGGUCGCCUCUUCCUCUUGGUGCGUUAAAACAAGGAUGCCUUUGAGUCUCCCUGUCCAGCUGCACAGCCACAUUCACAAGCACAGACACUACCUCCCUGUGUAAUCACUUUCUCCCCUGAGAAAUGACAGAGGAAAAAAAAAAAGAAGAAGAAAAGGAAGAAAUCAGGGUGAUAGACGUGAUUUGGGGGACACUGGAGACCUUGGAUGAACAAAUCUGAAACUGAUGUGAGUUCCCCUAUCUGUCAGAGCCAGUUCCUCCAUUUAAGAUGCUGACUUGUUUAUGUUGAGGGGACAAGUGGAUUACUUUUGUUCGCUAUUGCAGUCCAGUUUGAGGCUUUUUCUUUUAAAGUUUCUGCUUUGUUGCAGGUGGAGGGAGCACUGAGUCGGUUGUGUUGUUAAGUUGUGUUUGAUAGAUAUCUUUAGAUAGAGAGUGGAGGGGGGGCUGACACACAGAAAGUGGUUUUGAUAAGCAAGGUUUAGGCGUGGAGUUCAGACUAGUCUAUGACUGGUUGGUGGGCAGCUCUUACCCCCAGCAGCUCUCCAUCUUGUGCCCGCUCCUGCAGUCCUGGGCACAUAAACACAUAGAGGACACAGAAGAGAAGGAGGAGGAGGAGGAGGAGGAGGAGGAGGAGGAGCAGGGUCAACCAUGGAGCUGUAGGGACACGCUCAGAUGCCCGUGCGGAUCACCAGUGGAGGAGGAGUGCCGCUGAGGAGAAGAGCUCUGCAAUGAACAAGACCAAGAGGAAGCCCAAACUGGUCCAGCGGAGGAGGAAUACAUGCCCCAGUCCUCAGGACAUCAGCCGGGCCCUGCAGAGCCCCAGCUCUGCUCCCAGUGCCAGCGCUGCCAGCCUGGAUGAGCUCAUACAGCGCUGCCUAAACUGCUUCGACUCAGAGGGGAAGCUCUCCAGCCCCAGAGGGUCCCAGCUGGUCCACAUGACGCUGAUGAUGCACAGUUGGGUUGUGCCAUCUCAAAUGUUUGCCCAGAAACUUCUCACCCUUUAUAAGGAUUGUCCUUCAGACAAGAGAGGACCAAAGCGUUCGCAGAUCUGCCACCUUAUCAGGCAGUGGAUCAGCCAGUUCCCGGCGGUGUUUGAGGCCGACCCCCGCCUGGAGCAGACCAUGGGGGACCUGUGGGCGCUGGUCCGGUCAGAUGGAGAGGAGACGCACUCGCAGCUCAUCGACACCUCCUGCCUAAGCCCUCAUGUGAACAUAUUCCAGGCACCCUCACCCUCUGUGAAGAAGAGGAAGGUGUCUUUGAUCUUCGACCACAUGGAGCCAGAUGAGAUGGCUGAGCACCUCAGCUACCUGGAGUUCAAGAACUUCUGUAACGUUUCAUUCCUGGACUACCGCAGCUACGUGGUGCGAGGCUCGGUGAGGGACAACCCGGCGCUGGAGCGGUCGGUCAUGAUGUGUAACGGAGUCUCCCAGUGGGUCCAGCUGAUGAUCCUGAGCAGACACACAGCGCAGCAGAGAGCCCAGGUCUUCACUAAGUUCAUUCACGUGGCGCAGAAACUUCGUGCUCUGCAAAACUUUAACACUCUAAUGGCAGUGACUGGAGGCCUCUGUCACAGCUCAAUCUCCCGCCUCAAAGACACCUCUAACCUUCUGCCUCCUGACAUCACUAAGGCCCUGAGUGAGAUGACAGAGCUGCUCUCCUCACGCAGCAACUACAUCAACUACCGGCGGGUUUACAAUGACUGCAGCGGCUUCAAGGUGCCCAUCCUGGGUGUCCACCUGAAGGAUCUAAUCUCGCUGAAUGAGGCCCUGCCGGACUACAUCGACGAGGACAAGAUCAACCUGAGCAAGCUGCAGCAUCUGUACAGCAACAUCAACGACCUGCUGUCUAUACACAGCUACACGCCGCCCUUCGAGGCCAACAAAGACCUUCUGCAUCUGCUCACGCUCUCUCUAGAUUUAUACUACACUGAGGAUGAGAUAUAUGAACUUUCAUACACCAAGGAACCCAAGAACCCCAAGAUCCAGCCUGUAGCUCCUGUUAAACCGCCUGUAGUGGCAGAGUGGGGUUCAGGGGUCACACCCAGGCUCGACCCUGACACCAUCUCUAAACACGUCAAACAGAUGGUGGAUUCCGUGAUGAAAAAUUACGACCAGAAUCAGGACGGCUACAUUUCGCUGGAGGACUUUGAGAAAAUAGCAGCCAACUUCCCCUUUUCCUUCUGCACUCACGAAACUGACAGAGAAGGACAAAUCAGCCGUGAGGAAAUCAACUCUUACUUCAUGAGGGGAAUGUCCGUAUGUGCCAAGCUGGGCUUCAACUUCAAAGACGCGCAUAACUUCCAUGAAAUGACGUAUAAACGUCCAACGUUUUGUUACACAUGUGGAGGCUUUCUGUGGGGCGUCAUCAAGCAGGGCUACCACUGUAAAGACUGUGGGAUAAACUGUCACAGACACUGCAGAGAUCUGGUGGGAAUGGAGUGUUUGAAGAAACACAAGAACACAACAGGGUCCUGCCCCUGCACCCCUGCCCCUGACUCAAGAACCAAGGGCAACAGCUGGAGUUCAGAGGAGGAGGCGUUUGUUUUCCCCCAAAGCAAUGAGACAGAACAUAACAAGGGCACCUCGGUUUGGAAAAAUAACACAGAAGAUUCUGCGCUGUCAGACCGCUCGACUCAGACGGAUCCUGGUGUGUGGACGCCUGAGAAAAAGGACAAGAGGGGAAACCACCACAACUCCCUUGUGCAUGCGUCCCCAGACAGGAAGGUGAGACGCUGCAAGCUCAACACACUGCCAGCGAGAACACGAGGCAGCUCCAUGCCUGUUUCGUUCCUGCAGGAGAAGAUGGAGGAGCUGCAUCUCUACAAAGACAAGAGCAGAGAGCCAGACUGAGCGCUCUUAUCGUCAAACAUUUCCCCCUCACGAACAAAAACAUCCAGACACCACCACGUGUCUGACACAGCUGUGUCUGACUCCUGUUGAACUGAUGAGAUUUUUUUUUUCUCAAUACCAGCGAAUAUACACGGACUCCCUCAUGUUUCAAGUAUGAUUGUGAUAUGUUUUUAUUAUUUUAUUUGUGUCUGUCUCAUUAGUUUGGUUUGUUGUUUAGGCUUCAUACAUCAGUUUUCCCACUGUAAUUUAUAAACACCUCGUCUUGUUUUUAGAACAGGUGCCUUGCUUCUCUGGUGCUAAGACUCAACACAACCUCUAUGAACAAGGUCAUUAAUGACAGCAGACAUCAAGUUCCUGAUCUAAUAUACGCGCAAUUAGGGAUGCACGAUAUUAACUUUGGCCACCAACCAAUAUGCCAAUGUUUCCCAACUUAUUUUGGCCAAUAAUAAUAUUUGUGUUUAUUUUUUUUUCCCCAGUUGCCAAAAAAAAAAACAUUUUCCUGUGUUGGAAAAUAAUAAAACCAAUUAGUAAACUCUUCCUGUACACAAAGUGUCAUCGACCUGUUGCAUUGCCAGAAAUGUUAAUUUCAUGCCAAUAUUGUAAAGACUUUUUCAGCCAGUACCGAUCAUGUGCAGAUGUUAUCGUGCAUCCCUACGAAGAAAAUGCAGGGUAGGAAAUUAACACUAAACUCAAAGAAAGUCUGGUUCAUUUUAACUUGGGCAGCUAUACGACACCUCUCGUGAAUUUGGAAUUUGGUCAAAAAUGUAUAAUUGGCAUUUGUUGGACUUUGGCUUGGUUAAUAUAUGUGCACCACGACACGAUUUGUCAUUUGUCAACCCGCGGGGUAUUGCCAUCCCAUUUAUAAGGUAUCUAUUCCCUUAAUCUUUCGUUAUUUUAGGCCAGAUGAUGGUGUGCGAUUUUUCAAAUAAGUUAAGCCCAAUAUUGGAUAUUUGCAUGUGAUUAACCGUGACAUCAUGAUGUGAUUAUUCUUUUAUACCUCCGAAAAAAUCUUCUUGAUUUCUCUUGCCAUCACAGUGUGUUUGUGAAAGAACACUUGCCUCAGUCAGCCACCACAAAUAUUACUGGAGAACAUCUUAUUUCCUGCCCUGACAACAUUUGACUUUUCAAAUCACUCCUAAAAGUUCACUCAAGGUUCAGCAGGACUGCACUGGAACUAUACAUAUGCUCAUAAAAAUGGCAUAUUAUUUCAAGGUGAAUGCUUUUCUUGUUUUGGUUUGUCCUUUGUCUUCAAUUUCAAUCUUGUUGAAAAUAAGAAAAAUACACCAACAGUGAUGAAUCAUGCAGUAUGUGUUGUUUGUGGCAGAAACAAAAAGGAACACAUGAACACCUACCGGCGUAUACAAUUGCAUUUAUUGUAUAAAGGCAAGAAGACAGCUUGGGUAACUGGUCAGUCAGAUUUUCAAUUCCAGGUAGAAAAAAAUGGGUUUGACAACAAGAUUUAACUACUGGACUCAAUAAACACCAAUCACAAAGGGAUUUUUAAAAAAAACUGCACGUAACUACUAGGAGUGGCAAAAUAUUUUUCUCAAUCAAAGACUCAAUUAACGCUUAAAUACUACAGUAUCAACAACACCUAUUAAAAAAAAUGAUGUAUGAAUUCUAUUGGAGUAAAUAAAAUGUGCUCACUCGUAACUGAAAAUUAAAGAGCAGGAGAAAAAGGGUCAUGAAGGUAAAAAGCAUGCAUUUUGUUCUUUGUUAAGCUUCUCAAAACAAGCAAAAUUAUUCAGGCCUUGCUGUAUUUAUCCUGCCUUGUAACUUUUUCCUCACUAUGCAUCCUAGAAAAUAUACAAUAACCUCUUCAAUCUGUAGCAAAUGUGGAGUUCGCAGUUCUACAGACGUCCACAUUCAAUGCAUAAUAGAUAACAUUCAUUAAAUGCUUUGAUACCUAUCAUCUACCACCUCACAGUCACUGCGGAGGGUAAGACUUCAUUCAGUAAAAAAAAAAAAAAAAAAAAAAAA